UUCAACAGUCUUAAGCAGUGCAGUAUAGUACAACCUCACCAACAACUAAAAAAUGAAAUUCAUCAUCGCUUUCGCUUUCUUGACCGUGGCCCUCGCCGCACCUCAAGGAGAUAAGAAGCCCAUCGAAAUUGUGUCGUCCAACAGCGAAAUGAACGCCGACGGCAGCUACUCCUUCGAUUUCGAGUCUGCGGAUGGGACCAAAGUGUCUGAAAGUGGCAACCAGAAACAAGUUGGACCCAAACCGGAGGAUAUCGGGACCGUGUCCAAGGGCUCCUACUCGUUCACGACUCCCGACGGCGUCGUCCUCACCGUCAAUUGGGUGGCCGAUGAAAACGGAUUCCAGGCCACCGGCGACCACCUCCCCACUCCUCCACCCAUGCCCGAGCACGUCGUCAAGAUGCUCGCAGACCUCAAAGCCGCCGGAGUCCUGUAAACUAGUCUUAGGAAUUAUUUCGCACGGAAUAACCACCAUGGCAACGCCCAAGAAUUCUUACAUUUGCCAAGAACGACAGCUACAUAUCAAUUAUACUUUUUGCAAGCUUUUACCACAGAACGAAAUUUUUAAAAAGGAACAAAUGACGGUCGAAAUAAACAUUUGUAUUUUCAAAAA